AUGCAUAGCGACCGUGGUGCACAAUUUGUCUCACAGUUGUAUACUGCCCUGAUGAAGAAGCUAGGGAUUGAUAAGACACUGACGACAGCCUACAACCCUAAAAGUAAUGGACUCAUCGAAAACUUCAACAAGACAAUCAAGAACAUGAUGAAGACGUACAUAGAAAAUCACAAAGAAAGCGUAGGCAGUUGGGAUUUAAUGCUCCCAAUAUUUCUGAUGGCUUACAGAUCCUCGGUCCAUUCGAGUACUGGUGAGACCCCUCACUUCCUGUUGACAUCUAGGGAGAUGAAGUUGCCCCUCGAUCUUCUGUACACCACUCCAUCUGAGGCAUCCACGGAUGUUCCUACCUAUGUAAAGGACCUCGAAUCCAAGUUCCAUAAGGCUUUCGCGAUAGUUAGAGACAACCUCAAAACCACACAACGCAGCCAAAAGAAACAGUAUGAGACAUCAUCACCCAAGUACCAGGCAUUGAAAGCUGGAGAUGCUGUUUAUUACUUCAACCCUAGGAAGUCGUUCAAAGGUGAUCGGCACCGCCCUUGGUUCGGUCCAUAUUUGGUGUUGGAGGUAAAUGAGGAUUUCACAGUGUUGCUACAGUGUAAUGAGAAUGGGAAGACAAUUAGAACUCAUGCAGAUAAGCUGCGGAUAGCACGCGGAACUAAUUUGGAGUGGCGCCCACGAUAG